GAUGAACACGCAGAAGCUACAGACAGAGAACGGCGACUUGCAGCGGCAGAUAUCACAGCUGAACGUGUCUCUGACUACGGUACAAGAAGCGCUGAGUACAACGGAGGCUGCCAACGAGAAGGCUGGAAAGGUGCUCGAAAGCAAGUACGAAGCACUAAAAAAGGAGUUCCGGAAAUUAAAACGGAAAGACGAUGAGAGGGGCAGGAGCGAAAACGAACACAACUCCGAUAACUUGAAGAUCGAAGCACUGCAGCAAACUAUCGAGAUUAUAAAACAAGAGCGCGACGAGCUUAAGCUGGAGAUCGAUAAACAGUACCAGGCCGGACUAGACUCUAUGGCGGUAGAGCAAAGGGAGAAGUUCCAAGAGCUCAACCGAAAUAUGCGUGUAGAACGGGAGAUGGAAAUCAAAGCGUUGCAAACGGUGCUAGAAACGUCUGCAACCGAUCUGCAAAGUGCAAUUGAUGCAAGGACUGCGGCCGAGGAUACCCUACGCGACUUACAAAUAGUACACUCCACCCAAAUGGACGAGCACGUGGCACUCAAAGCACAGGUUGACUCUCUCACUAAGGGACUAAGUGACAAAGAUGCAGAGACACGCCAGAUUAGUGCUGAGCUCCUGCGUAUGGGUGAGCGGAAGCAGAUAGCUGACGCGCGUGGGAGUGCGGAGGAGAGCGAGUUGACAGAGGCUAUACAGGGCUUGACGUCUAGCGUCCAGGAGAAGGAAGGAGUUAUAAUACAACUACGUGGAAAGUUGCAAGAGAAAGACGCGUCUAUGGAGAGUCUGAGAGUGGCUGUGGACGAAAAGGUUGCAGUUGUAGAUAGGUUGGAGGUGAUUGUAGAUGAGAAAGAUACAAGUAAUGAGGCCCUGGAGCGGAAGUUGGAGCAAGAAAUGGAGGCGCUGGCGAAACUGCGGGAGCUCAGUGACAAGAAUGGGAUAGCGAGAGAUGAAGCACUCAGUGAAGUGGGUGCGGCGUUGACACAAACGAAGGACUUAUUAGCGCAACGGGAAGGAGAACUGGCAAACAAGUCUGCGGAAGUAGAGACACUCGGUUUGGAAUGCGAACGCCUGAGAGUGGAAUAUAAGCAGGUGACAGGAGAACUGACUAGCAAGUGUGCGGAAGUAGAGACAGUCAGCACAGAGUGUGAGCGUUUGAAUGUGGAAUAUAAAAAAGUGGAAGAGCAAGUAGUGAGCCUUUCGGAGGACAAGGUGCGACUCGGUGAAGAGAAUGCGCAGUUGACUGAUGAGCUGAACGGUGUGUGUGAGGAACUGAGGGCGCUCGAUGAAGCACAUACACGGGCAGUGGAGAGAAUAGCGAGGAAAUGUGAGGAAAUAACCACAAUACAGGAAAAUAUCUCGUUGUUGCAGGAAACAGCCGCAAACCUCGAAUCCGAACUAGGCAGCAUGCGGUCAGAGAGGGAAGCUCUGCACAGUACUGUGGCAGCGCUGGAGGCGACUGCGAGUGAGAAGGAGAUGCUCAUCACUGAGUUCCGAGCACAAAUCGGCAUGCUGCGUGGUGAUAUGGAUAAGGAGCGUAAGAGUGGCAGCUUGGAGAUGGAACGCCUGCAUGCGCGUGUUAAAGAUUUAGAGGGGCACUUAGCCAGUGCGUGUUCGGAGAAGGCAGAGUUGGAGGAUGCAAGGGCUCAAUUGGAACUACAAGUGGACACAUUGCAGUCUGAGCUGAGAGAGGCUCGAGAGGGCGGUACGCAUGAAGUGAACCAAAAACAGCAGGAAAUAGAUGCAGGGAAGGAGGAAAAGGUUAAGGCUGAUGAAGCUUUGGCGGAGAUGAGGGUUGUGUGCGCUACGGCUGAGGAACGGGUGAAAGCAUUGAAGGAGGCAGAGCGCGAGUUGGGAGAAGAGAUAAGCGUGAUUAAAACUGAGAAGCAAUCUGUUGAGGAUGCACUCAAAGAGCUGCAGAUGACACUGGAUAUCUCUCACGAAGCGCACGAAGCUCAGAUUGCAGAACUGCAGACAACGGUCGAGCGUUUGAAUGUUCAGCAAGAUAGAGCAGACGAUGCGCUGAGACAUUUGGGGGAGAGGGAAAAGGCUCUCCUUCGCGAUAGUGAGAGUUUGCGAGGAGAGCUGGAGACUGCGCACAACGAGCUAGCAAGUGUGCAACAGGUGUUGGAGUCCACGCGAGAUGAGUGUGGUGUUAUGGAGAAGGAGAAGGCUGUGGUGGCAGAGGAAAUGUGUGCCCUGAAAUUGUCAACAGACGAAUACGAGUGUAAGGUAGUACAGCUGCAGAGCGAGGUGGAUGAAGCACAGGAGAAGUUCGGUACCUUGGAACAGGAGAAGAUUGCCGUAGAGGACCAACUGCGUGUGCUGGAAGAGAAGCACGUGGUUUGUGUGACUGAGGGUGAAGCGAUGCACCGCGAAUUGGCCGCGUUGAGCGAAAGUUUGGGUGUGUUAGAGGCAGAAAAGCUCGCUCUCGAGGGUGCUGUGCAGGCCGCAGACGUACACACGAUGGAGCUGGAAGUACAGAUUAAGGUUUCAAAUAAUAAGCACAACGAAAGUCUGCAAGAAAUGGAGGAAACCAAAAGUAUUCUCACUAGUUUGCGUGACGAUUUGAGUAUCGUGAAACGGGAGAAGCUCGAUUUAGAAGUUGCCCAGCGUGCCGCAGACACGCACGUACAGAGUUUGGAAGGGCAGCUACAGGCGUUGACCGAACAGUUGAGCAUAGCUAUGGCCGAUGGAAGUGAUGUGUCGAAGAGUCUGAGUGAAGAGCUGCGUAAGGUGGAGGCGGAGAAGAUGCACGCUGUGUGUGCAAGGCAGGAGAUGGAGGAGGAAAAAGAUAGAGCCAACGAAGAAGUGGGCCGGAUGAAGGAAAAGGUGUUGGUAGCUGAGAAGGAAUUGGAAGCGAGUGUGGAGAAGGGCUUGGCCUUGGAGAACGAGCUGGCUGAGUGUCAGCUGCAAAUGGGUGCCUGUGUGAGAGAACACAACACGGAAAAGCAGCGGCUGUGCGAGGAGAAAGACUCUAUCGAGGACGAGCUUAAAGAGAUGCAGCAGACUCACAUGGAGACCGUGCAAGAGAUGCAGGAGUUGAGUGCACAUGUUGCCUCUCUGAGUGUGGAGGCGCAGAGGAUCACUGACGAACACCUGGCGGCAGUGGAAGGGGCGCAGCGAGAGAGGACAAUUAAGAAGGAGCGGAUUACCGAGCUGGAACGAGAGGCUGAGACGAGAGGGCAGGAGAUUGAGCGGCUAGAGAAAGAGGUUGCGGUAAAGACGAGUCUUAUAGAGGGAGGUGAUGCAGAUAGGGCCACACAGAUGGAGGAGCUACAGAAACAAAUACAAGUUCUCGAAGCAGACGUUGAGCAGCACAAGACUGAGUUGGUUGUAGCAAGUGAAAGUGCCACAGGAACUCGAAACGAGCUGGAUGCGAAGGUGCAUGAUCUGGAACAGCGCAACGAAGAGCAUGUGCGUGAAAUGAAGGGACUGGAAGAGUCGGUUGGUCGACUGAAUGCACAGAACGACACUCUCGCCACUGAGCACGCGCAGAUGGAGGAGAGUACAAGUGCAACUCUGGCGAAAGCGGAGGAAGCGUUGGUUAAGCUGAAGGCGGAGAUGGAAGAGAAGCUGAAAGACGGGUAUGACAUCGAAAUAGGACAUCUUAAGGCUGAGCUGAGUGACGCUUGCACGCGCAGAGAUGGGUUUAGAGAACAGCUAGAGUACCUGAAGGAAGAGAAGUACAUCAUCGAAGAAGAGCUGCAAGGUAUAGCUACACAGUAUGAUAUCUCCCAGGAGGAGGCACGAGAAGACAUCCGUGCGAUUGAGGCCAGGCUGAACGAAGCACAGGCUAUGGCUGAGUUUGGUAGCCAUGAGUUGCAGCGACAGGGUGCGGAGAUGCAGCGGCAGAGUGAUGAACAUCGCAGUCAAAAUGCCGACCUUCGGAAUGAAUUGGACGAGGCCUUAGAACGUGAGACUGCUGUAAGAGAGGCGUGUGAAGGCUUGGAAGACGCUGCGGGCGAUCUGAACGAAAGGGUUGUGGAAUUAGAGCGGACUCUGGAUGAGAAGGAGGAGAGUAUGAGAGCAUUGAGGGAUAGCCAGGACUCGGAAUUACACGUACGGUUGACGGACGCGUUGGAACGAGAAACUGCUGCGAAAGAGGCUGUACAAGCACUGGAGAUUGUGGUCGAGAGGUUAAAAACUGAGAUUGUUCUGUUAGAAGCAAAGGUCGCGCAGUUGCAGGAGAAGUUGACAGAGAAGGAUAACACGCUACUGGACAAGGAAACCGUUUUGAGAGAAACGGAGGAUGAGUUUAAAGCGAAAGAGGAGGAGUAUCGCAAACGCAGUGGUUCCUUGGAGGGUCUUGAACUGGAGAAGCAGGACUUAAUGGCUAGAAUUGAGUGUCUCAUGGGAGAGGCUGAGGACAACGAGAAUGCGCUAGAGCGUGUGCAAAAUGAACUGGAAAGUAUGCAACGUGAGCGAGACGAGUGUGUUCAGGAGAUCGAACACGUGCGCGAAGAGGCAAAGCAAAACAUGGAUGAAGUUAGUGGGGCGUUGCAGACGGCGCGUGAGAGUGUGGAGGAGCACGCGGCACAGUAUGAGAGCUUUGCGAGGGAUAUGCAAAAUAAAAUGGAGGCCGUUGAAGGUGUUCUGCGUACACGGGAGGAACAGUUGAGUGAAGCGGAAAGAGAGCGAGAUGUGUGUCUGCAGCAGCUGGAGGAGUUUGACGGUGUGCAGGGCGCCAAUGCGGCCGAGGUGAGCGAGUUGCAGACGGAGCUGGAGGAUGUGAAGCAGCAGUUGCGAGACAGUGAGGAAUACGUACAGGUACUUGAAGAGAAGGAGAAGGACAUGCAGAGGGCUGUAGAGGCACUCGACAGUGAGCUCAAGGAUGCGUGCGCGCGUAGAGAUAGCCUAGAGGACGUUCUGGCGGAAGCGCAAGCGGUGGAAAGGGAGCGGUUGGAAGGUGACGAAAACUUGGAACGGGAACUGACUGAGGUGAAGGAUGAGCUCGAGAAGUGUUGGCGAGAUCUGCAGGAGAAUAGCAAGCACAAUGAAGCGUUAGAGGAAGAGAAGGCUACGCUCCUGGAUAGAAUACGCCAAACAGAAGCCGCCAAAGGGACCAUCUCUGAGCAGCUAGUGACUAUGGAAUGUGAAAGAGACGAGGCUCUUAGCCAUUCAGAAGCGAGGAUAAGAGAACUAGAAGAGUCGCUACAGACCGCUACCACGGAGCAAAGGGAAGUGGCAGCGCUAAGGAGUGAAGUAGAGGCUCAAUUAGAUAUGUACAGGACGAAAAUAGUCCAGCUGGAAAGCGGGCAAGGGGACACACACGCUAGGCUUGCGGAUAGUGAAGUGAAGGUAAAGGAGUUACAGAGCAUGUUGAGAGAUGCCAGCGCACGCAAGAAAGAGGAGCAAGGGAAGGUUGCUGCGCACGUGGAUACGAUCAAGUCACUGGAAAAACAGAAGUCGAGCGUGAGUGCGCGAUUAAUGGAUGCAGAGGUCAAGGUAGAGGAGCUAAGAGAGAUUGUGAAGGAAGCCAGUACUAAACUUAAGGACUUCGAUGAGUGUAAAGCCGAGUUAGCGGAUCUGAAGGAAGUGUAUCUUGAGAUUGUCGGAGUAAAUGAGGAAAUACUGCGCAACCAAACCACGCAGAUGGAUAAGGCUACGAGUAGACAUGCCUUGAUAGCAAAAGAGAUGGUGGAGACGCAUGCAAAGAGUGUACAGACAUUGAGAGAAGAGUACGAGGAACGAAUAAGGGUUGUUGAGGAGAUGUUGCAGGCCAUCUUGGUUGAGCAUAGGGAUAAAAAGGAGAAACUGAGUUUAGAAAUUGAGAGCUUGAGGCAAGAGUUAGAGACGAGCAGGAAGGAUAUGUGUGAGCAUGUGCGUGUGAACGAGGAGAUCGAGGCACUCGAAAGGGAAGUUCAAAGAGUGCGAAGUGGACGCGACAGCGAUGUGCAGCUCAUCAGAGCAGAGAUGGAGGAGGCUGAGCAGAGAUACGCAGACGAGUGCGAGGCUUUGAAGGAUGCUAUAGAGGUGGGUAAGCAACAGAUGGCAAGUGUUAAGCUCAAAGCUAAAGCUGUGAUUCAAGAUAUGACUGAACAGGUCAACACGGAGAAGAAAAACGGACUGUUGCUGGAGCAGGUGGUUAAGGAUAUGGAAGAGCGCGUCAAGGUGGAGGAGACUGUCAAGAACGAGUAUGUUUUACACUCACAGGAUCUGGAGCGAAAGCUCGCCGAAGUUCGGGAAGGAUCUGAAUCUGGUCUCACAUGGGAGCUGGAUGACAAUGUCCGUGCGUGCAAGGAAUGUGGCGAAUCAUUCACACCUUUCAAACGCAAACACCAUUGUCGUGCGUGCGGUAAGAUCUUCUGUAAUCCAUGCUCAGGUGUAAAGACAGAUCCUGAGAGCGGAGUCCAGGUUCGAAUGUGUGAUGGAUGCUAUAAGGCAAGAGAUGGUAUGGUGAAGAGGUUUGUGAGUGGCGUUGGAGAUGAGCUUUUUAGCGCUAAGGCACAUGCUCGUGGCAGUUCCAGUAGAACCGAUCGGUGAUGUCAGAAUGAAAUGCACAGGGAACAUUAGACCGAUGACUUAACAAUAUUCAUCAACAGCAUAUAAAUAGAUUUUUCAAGAGCCUAUGUCGCAAAGUGGGCAUUCUCGUUAGAUUUUGGCCUGGUAGUUAAGUCAUUCUGCACUAGUUUGCAGACAAUGGUGACAUGGGGCCCUAUUAUCUU